UCUUCGUUUGGACUGAUCUGUCCGAUGCCGUGACGUGCUGAUUGCUCAGUUAAGCCGCACGAGCAGAAGAAGUGCCGCCAACUGUCUGGGCUCAAGCCGUCGCCGAUGAUUUAAACCCGCGCGCGCUCUCGUUCAUGUUGCAUUCCUGUUUCGCGCAUUCACAGCAUGGCACGUUUGGAUUGCUGUUGUUUUUGCUGGAUGGUCUUGUGCAUGAUUGCUGCUCGAUUUGUGUCAGGGGAUGUGUUUGUGACUAAGAAAUGCGACGGUUUUCAGACGAUGACCCUGUCAUUUGAUGGCUCUCCGACUGUUUUUCUUCAGAAGACAAGGGGCGGACAGGUAAAGGUGACCAAAGAUCUCCCAGGAAUCGUUGUCCAUGUUAAGUCUGGUCGCACUACACUGACGGUGCCCUUUUCUUCCCGGUAUGGUUACGUGGCUGAGGAAAGUUCCCAGUAUGUCGUGGUCAUUUCCUUUGGACAUGCCUCUAAUUGGAGAACCUUCACAUGCCCUAAACUAUAUCGGUUUGCUGCUCCUGCUGUUUAUAUAUUGGCUAUAAACACUGUACCUGAGAGAUGUGCAGUAGCAGAUAGUGAGAAGUUCCCUUGUGGAGGGUCUUCAUCCAUCACUCAAGUGGACUGUGAAGCCAACAACUGUUGCUACGAUUUGAGCAGCAGCACCAGUCCAUGCUACUAUGCCAAUGAUGUGACUGUGCAGUGCACCCAGGAUGGCCAGUUUGUGGUGGUGGUGUCUGAAAAUGUGACCCUUCCUCCCCUGGAUCUUGGGUCCCUUCAGUUGGUGGACAGCAGUUCCCCCAGCUGCAGCCCUGUGACCAGCCGGUCCAGCUUUGUCAUGUACCAGUUUCCAGUCAGUGCCUGUGGCAGCACAGUUCAGCUGGCUGGUGGCAAUGUGACUUACCAGAACACCAUGUCUGCUGCCAUCACUGUGAGGACUGGUCCAGAGGGCUCCAUCACCAGGGACAGUGUCUACAAGUUGUUCUUCCAGUGCACCUACUCGGGAAGCCAGGAUGUGCGAGUGGAGGCUGAGGUGUAUACUGUGGCGCCACCUCUUCCAGUAGUAGAGCAAGGGCCAUUUGACCUGGAAUUAGUCAUUGCUACAGAUUCCUCCUAUGGCUCCUACUAUGUGGAUGCUGACUACCCUGUGACCAAAACUCUGAGGGAUCCUGUGGCUGUGGAAGUGCACAUCGUGAACAGGACUGACCCUAACCUUGUUCUGACUCUUGGGGACUGCUGGGUCACUCCAGGACCUUCUGCUUCCAGCCAGCCCCAGUGGAGCCUUCUGGUGAAUGGGUGCCCAUACACGGGGGACAACUACUUGACCAGCUUGGUGACUGUGGACAGCACUUCUGGAGUGGCCUACCCAAGUCAUUACAAGAGAUUUGUCUUUGAGAUGUUCACUUUUGUGGACCCUGUAGCUUGGCAAGCCUUGGCUGAAAAGAUCUUCAUCUACUGUGUUGCUGCUGCCUGCUAUCCCUCUGCCACAGACCCCUGUACUCAGAGCUGCCCUGUAAGAAGAUCUGGCAGAGCUGCAGACAAGUUGGCACGAAUUGCUUCAUCCAGGAAGAAUGUGCUCCUUUACAGUGGUCCUGUGGUCUUUGAGGCUGACCAGGUGACAUCAUCCAGGCUGGAGCAGGAAGACUCUCUUCCCACUGGAUACCACGGGCUGGUAGCUGCUGCUGCCAUGUUGAUGGUAGUCCUUGUUUUGGCUGUAGUUGCUUUGAGGAGGCUGAACCAGCAGAAAGUUAAUCUGAAAUUUUAAUAAAGGCUCUUUUAC